GAGGGAAGGGUGGAGGGGGGACAGAAAGAGAGACACUGCCUCCUAUUGUGCUCCCCACUGAAAGCAGAACAAGUUGAGAGGAAAGAAAGGAGUCGGGAGUGAACAUCGAGGCAGAGACAUAUUUGAUCCCAGGUUUUUGGUUUUCGGACUUCGCGUGGAGAUGAAGCUUCUCCUCGGAGCUCUGAGUGCUCUGGUCUGCUGCCGCUUGUCCUCUGAACGUACGCUGGACCCGUCUGGGAAGAACGUCUGCCAGAACACCAGAGACCCCUCCAGCCCGGUCUGCUGCCCUGGAUGGCGUCAAGAGGGAGACGAGUGCUCUGUCCCUAUAUGUGAGGGUGAGCAGGCCUGUCUAAAGGAGGAGAUCUGUUUGUCUCCCGGAGUGUGUCGCUGCCCACCUGGCUUCUUCGGAGCUCAGUGUAAAACCAGCUGUCCUCUCGAGUUGUGGGGUCCAGACUGCCGCCGGGUGUGCGAGUGCUACCCCUAUGGACGCUGUGAUCCUGUCACCGGCGAGUGCACCUGCAACCAAAACCGCUGGGGCCCCCUGUGCCAGCACGCCUGCAAGUGCGUCCGACACGGCCUCUGCAACCCCGUCCACGGAAACUGCACCUGCAAGGAAGGCUGGUGGAUGUCGACUUGCUUCAAGCUGUGCCAGUGUGACUUGAGGGGGUCCAUGGGGUCCAGCUGUGACCAGGUGACCGGCUACUGUCAGUGCCGCCGGGGCUACUGGGGCCAGAGAUGCGGUUUCGUCUGCAAGUGCAACCAGUCGCCGUGCAAUCAGCAAACCGGCGCGUGUGAGUGCGUGGCCGGCUCGUGGGGAUCCAGCUGUGACAACAGGUGUAAAUGUGACCUGGCGCACAGCAGAUGUGACGCCGCCACGGGAAAAUGCCUGUGCUACCCCGGGUACCAGGGCGUCACCUGCAACCAGUCGUGUGAAGCAGGGACGUACGGCAGCGGCUGUAAAAUGAGCUGUGGCUACUGUAAAAACAAAGAGCUCUGCUCUUCCACCGAUGGUAAGUGUGAGGCCUGCGCCCCCGGCUGGAACGGCACGCGAUGUGACCAGCGGUGUCCGUCGGGUUAUUACGGCGACGGCUGCGAGGACAAAUGUCCACGGUGCAGAGAUGACGAGCCCUGCGACCCAGAAACCGGGACGUGUCGGAGGUGCAACCCCGGAUGGACGGGACCCAGGUGUGAGGAGCCCUGCCCCGGCAGGACGUUCGGAGACGCCUGCAACUUCCCGUGUAGCCCCUGUUUCCAUGGCGAUUGCCAUCAUGUGACAGGAAGAUGUGUCUGUCAGCCAGGCUUUCAGGGAGAAAGCUGUAACAGCAGCUGUCCUGCCCUGCAGUUCGGCCUCAACUGCUCUUCGGUCUGCGACUGUGGUGAGGGGGUCACCUGCCACUCAGUCACCGGUGCCUGUCCCAACAGUGUCCGAGGUGCUGUGUUAGCGGGGGUGCUGGUUCCUCUGCUCCUGUUGCUUGUUGCUGUGUUGUGCUGCUGUUUGUGUUGUGGAGGAGGCCCUAUUGAUAGCAAAGACAGGGCGACAUUGGCUGAGGGCGGGUGGUCAGUUCGGAUGAAAUACCACGUCUACAGCGUCCUGGCAAACAUUGGCGCCGCCCUCCCCUGCAUCUCUGACUGGUCCUCCGGCCUCCCCCGAGUCACUGUAUCUCACCAUGACCCGGAGCUGACCUUCAACCACAGCUUCAUUGAGCCUCCUUCCUCCGGCUGGGUGACGGAGGGGUCGUCUUUCGAUAGCGAUGAGGAGGAGGGGGAGGCUCUUUACUGCGUCCCUCCUAGAGAAGACAUCCCGACCGUGGCUGGCGGUGAGUUCCAGGAGAUGAGCUCUAAGUGCAACAUGUUCCUGGACCCAUCGGGCUUCAGCAGUGAGGACAUCACCUCACCCUUCAACAUCCCCCGCACCUCCAGCAUCGCAAAGUCCAAGCGGCCGUCCGUCUCGUUUGCCGAGGGCACGCGCUUCAGCCCCAAGGAGAGGCGAGGCUCUGCUCAGGAACCCGGAGCCCUCCCACGCGGCAAACCCAAGUCACCCUGGGGGGUUCUGAUGCUGUCCACCCUUCAAAGUCAGGGAAGCACUGCCAGAACUGGGGAGGAGGAUGAAGCUGAGGGUGAGGAGAGGGAGGACGGGGCGAAUGUGCAGCUGACCAACAAUCAGGAGUCAAAUUGCGAGGUGGCGGACCAGGAUGGAGACAGAACCCCAUCCCGGGCCACCCUGCAGGUUCCUGGGGCAUCAGGCCGAAGACGGACUAUGUCCAACACGGCUGCUCAAAAAGGGAACCAGCCGCCAACGUCCGCCUCUGAUGACCAGGCGGGGGCCCCACAUAAGGUCACCACAGUGUACGUGACGGUGGGCAAGGCAGGUCGGCCCGUGUCGAAGACGGAGCCGACCUCUGAAGGCCCCGUUCAGGCCAUGCUGAGAAGACUUGGCAGCCUGCAGAGACAACGGGAGCAGGACUCUGGCAAGGCCAAGCCGAAGGGAGCUGAAGGGAUUGCCAAACCGCCCAGGAGGAAGCUAGGAGCUCGGGCAACCGUGUGGGAGCAGGGAGGGCCGCCUGGAGGGGAGGUCGGGGUUUGCAAACCUAUCAGGAGGAAGCACCUCUCCAACAACUCCACCGACUCAGCAGCUGGUAGCGACACGCAGCCAGCUGAGGGCGACGCUCCGAAGCGGCCGCUGUCGUCCAUUUUGAAGAGCGUGCCAGAGAUGGCCCCGGCUGACUCAGCGUCAGGCCUGAGGGCCGAAGGAGACGCGGCAGAACGUAGCGAGCCAAGUGCUGGACAAACCGAGGGCACCUACUUGACCGUGGGACCAGCAGGAGACACUGCAAGUCUCACUGAAAUCAUCACCAACCAGGGAGCAGUUAACGUGAUAGAAGAGCCCUGCUACGAAAAUGUCUUGAUUAAACACUCGUAACCUCUGAGAAACCACGUCAGCGGGUCUGAUAGAAACACACGUUUGUCAACUUAACAGACAAAAGGGGAAAAAAUGACAGCUCUUAUAAUGAUUUUUUCACCAGAGCAGCUUACAUGAUUACAUUAGUCUUUCUUUUAAUAUAAAUGGGUACGCUCGUGACGUCACAGCAAGCCAAGUCUCCGUGGUUACGGCCACUGAGCGGCAAAAAGCGGCAGCUGAGCGCGGAGAUUAGUUUGAAUUAUAGGCUUUAAUAGCAACUAAAUUGUAAAAUUAGAGCGUUGUGUGAGAGAGGGAGCGUUGUGCAAUUGACUGUACCAAGAGAUUUGAAAAGCAGUCGGACAUAUAUUUUUACAGAUAUUUCCUACUGACAAAGGAAAGAGAAGUAAAUGGAUCGCUGUGUUAGAAGAAACAACUGGAAUCCAAUAAAUUAAUUUAAUUUAUCCUUUUUUUUUUGAUGAACUCAUACUUUAGUUACUUAGCAAGUUACGUCCUGGAGGGCUGUCAGAUAGGUUUGUCGUAUUUUUUUGGCGUAGUUACAGUCGACAGUAACUAUUUCAGUUCCAACAAUAAACAGAAUAUUUGUGAUCACUCCUCGUCCUCCUUUUAACAUCCAGUCAGACUCUACAUUAUCAUAUGGCUAACGUUACUUCUCAGUAAAGCUCUUAGCGUUAGCAUCUUUUAUUUUGCUACAUUUAUCUUAACUGAAAUUAACUAAAACCAACUUAAACUAUCUGAAACCGAAGCUAAUCACUGUCGAGUCCAGUUGUCCUUAAUUUGAUCUGAUAAUCCACAUUUUUCCGGUCUCGUCGCGUUCACUGCUACAUUUCACCAUGUUUUUGCCACUCGAGGGCGUGGCCACAGGCGUUAGUGACGUCAAUGCGUACCCUCUAUAGGAGACUAACUUAUAUUAGACUUCAGGUUCAAAGAUACAUGAAAACUCCCGAUAUAAUGUGUAGUAUUGGGGUUAUAAGAGGCAAAUAAGAACACAGUUGGUUUUAUUGCUUUUAUUUACUUCAGUAAAUACAUACAAGUACUGUAACAUCUGGAACUUAUGGAGUCAGAUGCGAAAUAACGAAAUACAAAGACUGGAGGUUUGUAGACACACAUUUUUAUGCGACCUAGAAGGUUUCUGCUUAGAGUGUAAACUGAGUUUUAAAAAAAGGUGAAGUCCUCUAUUCUGACAUUAUAUUAGCCAGGAAUGACACGUGUAAAAAUAAACUAAACAGGGUUGAUUCACUAGCCACUACAUGUCAAAAACUGGGACCGUAAAAACGUUUCACCACCUUAUCAUCAAAGUUUCCUCGAGCACCGACACACCUGCCACUGACCUCUGAUACCUGUGUGUGUCGUGAGUCCACUCUUAGGUUAAAAACUCAUGUGAAAAUAAUGUUUUUCUCUCCUCUUAUCUUUUCUGUUAUUCACUGUAUAUAUGUCUGUGAUUAAUAAUGAGAUAAUAAACUAUGAAUACUGUGGA